AUGGUAGCAGCAUCAGCCGAACCAACAACCUCGCCGGAAGGCCUCGCCGAUACUCGUGGGCCCAUCAUACGCUCCGUCACAUGGCUCUCGGUCAUUGUUCCCAUCAUUCUCGUCUCUCUGAGAGUGUAUACACGCCUGUUCCUACGAAAGGUCUUUGGUCUGGAUGACUGGGUCAUUGUCUUUGCUCUGAUCCUCCUCAUCUGCUAUGGCGCCAUCAUCGAAGCCGCCGUACAAAAAGGGCUCGGCCACCACCUCCAAUGGGUGCUCACCAACAUCCCCCAGAAUGCCGUGUCCAUCGCUCUCCUCGGUCAAGUCUCGCAGCCCUUUGUCGUCAUGUCGUGCGCAAUGGGCAAGACAUCCUUCUCCAUCAGCUUGAUGCGUCUGGCAACACAACGCGCCAUCCAUCUGUUCCUUUGGUUUGUCGUUGUUUCCAUGGUCAUUCUGCACAUUCUCAUCUCUAUUAUUGUAUUUGUACGAUGCAAGGAUCCGAGGACUACGUGGAACCCGGCUAUUGUGAGUGAGUGUUGGCAUCCUGAUACCUACCUCGGUGUCAUGUACUUUAUCGGAGCUUACUCUGCGGCCACCGAUUUUGUCCUCGCACUGCUCCCUUGGGCCAUGCUGUGGAACCUCAACAUGAAGAAGAAGGAAAAGUUUGGCGUCGCCAUUGCCAUGAGCCUUGGUGUUUUCGCCGGGUCCAUCGCCAUCAUCAAAUGCACCAAGCUCAAGGCCAACGCGACAAGUACUGACCCAACCUACGACGUCGGCGAGCUCCUCCUAUGGGCCGGCGCCGAGAACGCCCUCAUCAUCACCGCCGCUUGUUUACCCUGCCUACGACCCAUGCUACGCGCCAUCUUCCCGUCGACGGUCAAGUCGAGCGAAAACUCACAUCCUCUCAAGAACAUCUCGAAUAACAUCAUGUUCAUCCCCAAGCACAAGGCUGGCCAAUGGAGCGCCAUUGUCGAGACCGAGGCUCAUCCGGACCAUACUUCCGAUAACCAAAGCGAUCGGAGUAUUCUCAAAGAACAUCGAGGUGCUUUGGAGAGUCAGCAUAGGGGCAGCUUGCAUGGACAUGGCAGCUCUGAUGGCCAUCACGGAGUCCAUGUCAAAAAGACACUGGAUGUGGACAUUUCGUAUGACAAGAACUAG